GAUACUUUGAUCCUAUGAAUAUUGUUGUGCAUGCAUCACCUGACCUGUCACUGUGAGAGCUGUCAGUCUUUUUCCAAGCUUUGAGUUUUUCUUUCUACUACUAAACACUUAUCUAAAGUUUUGUGUCAAUGGCUGAGAGGCCGAGUGCUGCUCAAGAAGCUCUCUCCAAAGUGGAGGACCAGCUGUCAUGCCUAGUCUGUCUGGAGCCCUACACCAACCCUCGACUGCUCUCCUGUUUCCACGUCUACUGUCAACAUUGUCUCGAGGAUAUAGUUGCCCACAAUCGACAUGGCCAGCUGGAAUGCCCGAAGUGUCGCCGGCCCACCCCCCUACCCCCCACUGGUGUGAGUGGCCUCCAGGCUGCCUUCCAUGUACACCAUCUCUUUGACAUCCAGGAAACACUCAAGAAGGUGAAAGAGCCUCAGAAAUUGGCCUGUGAAAAAUGUGUGAAGACGACUCGUAAAGCCACCAGCUUUUGCCGACAAUGCACCAAGUUCAUCUGCGAGAAGUGUACGGAUACGCACAAAGAAUGGGAGGAGGAGUUCGAAGGUCACGAAGUCGUUACUAUCGAAAAAUUGGAAGGAGAUUUGAUUCGCUUGGUCUCCCCAAAGAAGACGUCCCCUCGCUGCCCCAAACAUGACGAUAUAAUGAGACUUUAUUGCGAAACUUGUGGAGAACUGAUCUGCAUCAAUUGCACUGUCCAAAUACACAAAAACCACAAGUACUGUGUGAUUGCCGACACCUUUGAGAGCCACAAGAAAGAGAUCCUGGACUCUCUGGGACCCGUUGAUAAACAGCUAGAGGCCACCGACACAGCUCUCGUCAAUCUGGAUGGGCGACAUGCCGAACUUGUUGAACACAGUGGAAAACUUGCGACCAAUAUACACUCGAAAUUCGAUGAAAUCCAUCAAGCUCUGUAUGCUCGUGAGGGGGAGCUUAUGGCGGAGUUGGAAGGCCACACCCAACAACAGCUCAAGAGCCUGUCUGCUCAGCGAGAGGAAGUGGAGAUCCUUCAAACCCAACGUAGCAGCUGCCUGCAUUUCGUGAGGGAGAGCAUUCGUACCGGUUCUCCAGGAGACGUGCUCAAGAUGAAGCAAGGUGUGGUGAAGCAAGUGAGAGAGCUGGUGGACACCUUUGACCCCAACACCCUAGAGCCUCGUGAGACAACAAACACCUUUUUUGUGCCUUCUGCUCAGCUGGUCAAAGAUUGCAAGCAGUCUGGAACAAUUUGUACAACAUCAGUAACUGCCACCCCUACAAAAAGACUCGACAAAACCAGAGUACAAGAAGCUGCCAGUCUUCGAUUUUCAAACACAAAUCAUCAACUGAUCCAAUUUCCAUCCUCAAACAUUGAAGCCAAACUUUUCUCUAAGCUGACGAACAAACCCACAUACUGUGUUGUGAAGGAACGAGGGAAGGGAGAGUACGAGAUCUCCUACCAGCCGACAGUGGGCGGGGCCAGUGAGAUGAUCGUGAGAGUGGGUGGAGAGGAGGUGGCAGGAAGUCCAUUCCCUGUGGCAGUCAAGACCCCGAUCGAUAAACUAGGAACUGUUAUCAAGACUAUCAAUGAUCUUAAGUCACCUUGGGGAGUGGCUCUCAACCAAGCUGGGGAGAUAAUUGUGGCUGAAGAAGGAGCUGGUAUUGUCUCGAUAUUUAGCCCCACAGGAGACAAGCUGCGAACAUUAGACACUCGAGGCACAGCUGUUGGGGAGAUGAAGAGUCCUCGUGGUGUGGCAGUGGACGGUGAUGACAAUAUUCUGGUGGUGGACGCUGGUAAUCAUCGACUGUUGAAGUUCUCACGUGGAGGAGACCAGAUAGCAGCAGUAGGGAGUCAUGGCAAUAGUCCUGGACAGUUUAACGAUCCGAUUGGUGUUUGUGUCAACAGUGUCAAUGUGAAGGUGUAUGUGGUUGAUUGGUGUGCUGAAUGUGUUCAGAUCUUCAACUCUGACCUUACCUUCUCCAGCAAGUUCGGCAGUGAAGGCAGUGGUAAUGGACAGUUUAGCUCUCCCUAUGACGUUGCAUCCGAUCGUAGUGGUUGCGUGUAUGUGGUUGAAUAUAUUAGUGAUCGAGUGCAUGUCUUCACACCCAAUGGUGUCUAUCUGAGGCAGUUUGGGAAGAAUGGCAGUGGAAAUGGAGAACUUAACUAUCCUGUCAGCAUCUGUGUGGACAGUGAUGACCUGGUGUAUGUGGGGGAGAAUGGGAACAAUCGUGUCUCUGUGUUCACGUGUGAGGGAGUGUUUCUCAAGUCAUUUGGAUCAAAGAGAUCUGGAUCAAGACAGUUCAAAGACCCAGUCUCCAUGGUGACAUGUAUGGCCAAGGUCAAGGUCCGUUAUGGCAAUUCUGCCACUGUCCUUUGUCGAGUAUCGGGAAGCAUGGGAGGUCAGAUGUCAUCACCAUGCCAUCAGAGCAGUAUUCAUUGGAGCUGACCAAUACGACAGUGGAGAGACUCCACCCUCAGAGGUUAAGGGUCACCGGACUGAUGGUGGGCUACACUGAAGCAUCCUACAAGACAUCAGUAUCCUAAUAUUGUGUGUGUGUGUGCAGUUGCUUAGAGGCUUUGUCGAUGAUGUCACCAUUUUCUUGGCCACCUUCCAGACAUGUUACACACUCCAUCAUGCAGCCUCUAAACCAAGUGCUGGAAUACACGUCGUCCCUCCUCAUCACCUUGGUUUCUCCAUCGCCCCCGGCAACAGCUGGAUGUUGGAGAUGGGUAGAGACUACGCCAUUACUGUGAAUGUGUUCGAUAAAAUGAACCACAAGAUUAUCAUCACUGAGAAUCUCUUGUGUCGAGCCUGUUUUUCCAUGACGAUACAACCAGUGAUUGGUCAUAUGCCAGACGGCCCUCUAUUGACUCAGACCAACAAUCACAAUAUUCAGUUUCCUGUGCGGAGUGGAUGACUUUUGAACCUUGAAAUAAUGCUGUAUGACAAUGUGGGUAGGACGUUUACAACUUCACAUUACUGCAAUGGACGUGGGGAUCGUCCAAUCAGAAUGCUCUACCCACCCCCCAGACCUCACUACAACACAAGGACUCAGAUACGGCAAUAUUCUCCCGGAGUCAAUUUUCUUUUUUCUCUCCUCCUUUGCAAUCCACCAGAACUGACGUCUAACGAAAUACUUUUCUUCAAUCACCCUCUAAAUAAGAGUGCUCUCACUAUAACCCACGGCUAUGAUCAUUCCUGAUAAUGUCAUUGACUUACUUGACUGUUUGCAGUUCCCAGACACUGGUGAGGUUCAUGACCUCCCGACCCUCAUAACCAAGCACCAGGUGGUGGAGAUCAACGACCCAGUGCAAGUGACCCCCAAACACCUCGUCAUUCUCUGGGACUCCCAAACAGAGCCCAAAUACCAGCACCAAUUGAAUUCUCGUGCAUGGACAAAGAUGAUGUGAAGAGUUUUGGAGUGCUUGCUUGUGAAGUGGUGAAUGCCAGAUUUCUUGAAGCUGCUGUAUUUCUUGGUCUGCUAUCGAGUAUGGAAGGUGUAUGGCGGGAGCUCCACCCACUCAUCACCUCCUGUGUCCCCUCAGGACAGACCCUCCAUGGACACUGUGCUACACCACAUCAAACAAUUGGACUCUGAGUCUUAGCAUUGGUGCAUGAGUGUGUUAUUAUGUAAAGAAUAAAUAUUAUGAAGACAUAUUUUUUACCUUA